AUGUCCUGCUUUUCAUGUCUGCCUGCGCUCCUUCCAACGUGUGCUGUCCCCCUGCCAUGGCGGCCUUGCAUUCAUGGGCCUCGUUUUGGGCAUGGGGCAUGGGCCACACAGAUGGUGCCAUGGGUGGACGUCACAGUGGAGGGCAUACACCUGACGCUGCACGGCCGCCCACACGCGCUCAAUGCCGUGGUGCUCACAUCCGUGGCGGCCUCCUCCUUCAACUCGCACCUCGCCCUCUGGGAGCCGCUGCUCGAGCCCUUCGACUCCAUCUUCAAGUACCCCCACACCGCCCCCCCACUGCCACCGCUCCUCUUCUGCUGCUCAACUGCCACCAAUCUUGCUGCGUUGUCUUCCUUCUUGCCGCAUUUGUUUGCCAUGCCUUUUCUUAGCCACCGCAUGCAGCAUGCCUGUCAAGGAGCAUCACCAGCAGCAGCAUCACCAGCAGCAGCAGCGGCAGCAGAAGGGGAAGGAGGGGGAAAGGAGGGAGGGGAGGAGGGGGGAGUGGCGGUGGACAGGGAGGACGCCCUGCGAGUGCUUGUGGACAACCGCCUGGGCGCCCCUCUCUACGCGCGCUCCGCCAAGGACGCCUUCGCCCACCUCUACACGCUGCCGCCCGCCCACACGUCGUCCGUGCCGCUGCCGCCCUUCCAGUUCCCCGACAUGCUGCGCCCCUCCGCUGUUGCUGGUGUGGGCGGCAAGCGCCGGCACAGCACGCGGCGCUUCAUGGCUCUGCGCCUCAUUGAGGGGCUGGUGAGGCACACUGGGAGGCGGGCUAGAGGGGCUGGUGGGGCUGGACCUACCGGGCAGCGAGUUGAACGGGGAGGACUUCAUCUGCAAGCUGCGCGUGGCGCAGGCGGGCGCCCAGCCGCUGGCCAAGGGGCAGCAGCUGCCGCAGACUGCCCGCUCGCGCGCCAUCCGCCCCGCAGGGGGCUGGCAUGCCCGCAUGCGCGCGAGGGCAUGGGGUGUGCCAUGCCACGAGGAGGGGCGCAGGGCGGAGCGGGAGAAGGGGGCGAGGGCGGGAGAGCAAAGCUGUGGCGAGUGCAGUGGAACGAGGUGUUUGUGUUUGAAGUGCCGGCCCAGGUUGUGUCUCUGUGUGUACGCGCGUCACUGCACUGCACGCACGUUCUUCACUGGUGGGAGCAGAAGGAGUCGCGGCUGGAGGUGGUGGUGAGCAACCAGGCGGCCAACGCAGGGCGAGGGGCCACGGUGGGCACGGCAGCUGUGCCCAUGACUGCUGCCGCCGCGCCCACCCUCUCCGACUGGGCUGCCGUCACCGACGCCCUCGGCAUCGGCGGUCUCCACCCCGCCUCCCAAGCCACUCAGCACACCCUGCGGCCAUCUGCUGGCCCACCAGCAGCAGCAAGAGAGGCGUUGGCAGAGGCCGGCCAGGAGCAGCCGGACUGUCUGAUCCAGCUGGCGUGCCGCCCGGAUGGCGAGUGGUGUUGGGUGCGCUCCAUGGCCGGCAUCAUGACCCUGGCGCUCGCACUGGAGGGACGGCCUGUGGCAGCGGAGCUGGGGGUGCGGGGGGGCCUCAAGUGCGUGACGCUGCGCUCGCUGGUGCUGCUGCGCAACGCCACGGACGCGCCCGUGGACGUGUGUGUAUGCCCCUUCGUGCUGCUCGACUUUGCAGACGAGGAUGCGGAGGAGGAGGUGGAGGAGGAGAUGUAUGAGAACCAGCGGUACCAGCCCAUGCUGGGGUGGGGCUCGCUGUGGCCCGGCCACUUCAUGCCCGGCGACCCGGCGCGCUUCUCAGCGCUGGACCUCUCCCACGCGUGCCAGGACCUGCCCGAGGCGUGUCCGCGCGGGUGGGCGUGGGUGGGAGCGUGGCACCGCGACCAGGCAGCACCCGGCGACAUGGAGGGGUGGCUGUACGCGCCCGACUUCCGCUCGCUGGCGUCACCCGACGCGCUGGCGAACGUGGCGCACAGCAAGGGCCCCUUUGACUUUGUGCGCCGCCGCCGCUUCACGCGCACGCGGCGCCGCCUGCCCCGCCCGUCGGGUGCGCCCAAGGAGCACGUGCGCACGGCCCUGGGACGCUGGCUCCCGGUGACUCCCUCUCGCUGCCCUUGGGGCUGCCUCUCCCCCGGCUCCGACUGGUGCCUGCAGCGGUGGGGAGGGCAGUGCGGGGGCGGGCAGCAGGGCGGAGGCAGCGCGGCGGCAGCAGCUGGCGACAGCGUUUGUGCUGCCGGACCUAAUGCGGGCGGCGUCGUGGGAGAAGGGCGGCAAGCGCGAGGAGCUGCUGCAGUGCCGCGGCACGCGCGGGUGCUGGUGUUCUGCCUGGAGGCGGAUGGGGUGAAGCUGCAGGGCGGGGAGGGCAUGGGGGCGGCGGGUGGUGUGGACUGGCGGGUGACGCUGCGGGCGCCACUGCAGCUGGAGAACCGGCUUCCAUGCAGCGCGGAGUACUUCGUGUGGGAGAAGCCCAGCAGCAGCGCGGCCCAGGGGGCGGGCAGCAUGGUGGGCGCGUCGCGGUCGGUGGCUCGGCAACAUGGCGUGGUGGGGCCAGGCGAGGCGGUGCAUGCGUACAGCAUUGACAUCCGCUGCCCCGUGCUGCUCUCCUGGCUGCCUCAGGGUGGCUGGAAGCAGGAAAAGGAUGCGGUGCUGCUGUGGGACCCGCUCACCCACGAGGUGCCGGGUGGCUUCUGGAUGACCAACGUGCAGAACAAGCGGCGCCUGCAUGUGAAUCUGGAGGUGAGUGGCGGGCAUCAGAGCAUCAGCGCGGAUGGAGCGGGGCGGACCUCAAGGCGGUGGACGCAAGCAGGCAGUUAUCUGCGCCUCUCGCUGUCCCUCGACAUGUCCUCGCUGCGCUACGAAGGCACCAAGGUACCGCGCCCCUCUCACCCCCACCCACUUCACAUGCACCAGAGGCCUCUCUGCAUGGCUCUCCGUCUCGCUGCACUCACCUCCUCCUCCCCACAAUGCACUUGCUCUCACGCUCCACGCUAUCAUGACUGUGUGCAUCCCGUGCUCCCCAUGCGCGUGUGUGUGUGGCUGGUGCCGGCUGGCAAGGUGAUCCGCCUGCAGCCGCACACGGUGUUCUCCAACCACACCGGGCGGCCGCUGCACAUCAGGCAGGCGGACGGCAACAUCGUCCGGACACCUGGCGCCUGCUGA